AAUCGUUGGUGGAAGUGGAAUCCGGAGGGCCCAGAGAAUAUUUGAAGCCUGUCAAAAAGUUAACCUAACAUCCUGAGCAGGGGACAACAACAAGACGUAAAUAGUGACGAGAACCGCUUUACUCUCUCUCAGACCAACAAAACGAGAAAAAAAAAACCCAAUAAGAUUAACACAGCUCCGCGAUCGGAGAGCGUCCUCAAAAGUGCCUUCUUUAAACCGCUGUUCACGAGUUUACCAUCGCAAAGACGGACGAUCAUGACGGAGACUCUGCCGUCAGUCCUGCAGGAAGAUCUGUUGAGCAUCAAAUUGCUGCUCUGGGGCAAUGACAUAAAGGCAGACAUCUUCAGCAGAUGGUCACAAGGAUUCUACUUCAGCCAGAAUGAGCCGAGUGCCUUGGAGCAGACACAUGGUGGUCCAUGCUCCAUCCUUGCCCCGGUGCAAGCAUACAUCAUCAAAAACCUGCUCCUGGAGAAUGAAACCUUUGACUCAAAGACUUCUAUAUCGGAGGCAAAACAGAAUGAGAUGCUUCAAGGAGCGUUAUGUGAGAUCGUGCGUCAAUGCAGCACCGGGAAGUAUUACGCUGCGUAUUUGGAUCAUGGCGACGUGACAGCCGCAUCGGAAACGACGAUAAACGGUGACAGACCCUUCGAGGAUGCCCUCCGACAGCAGACGUCGACCUCCUUCCACCCAUCAAAAUUCCACGCGAGCCUCCGACUGAAGGUGUUCAGCGACGCGGACGAGUUUGAAAACUACGUUUCGGAAAAUGUUGUGAAAUACAAGGGAGCUUACGGCAUCCUUCUGUUUCUGUAUUCUGUGAUAGCGACGAAAGGUUUGAACCAAGUGCGCACGGAAUGUGAUACGAGUGAACCUUUGAUCGAUGCGACUUACGGCUACGGAAGUCAAAGUCUGAUCAACCUCAUGAUCACCGGUAGAGCUGUGACUUAUGUUUGGGAUUUCGAGCAAGACGUCGGUGGAUUGAAAUUGAAAGGUUUGGAGAGGCAAAGCAAGAUCGGCUUCAUCACGCUGAUGGAACACCUGAGAUACUGUACGGUAGGUAGCUUCUUCAAGAAUCCCGUGCAUCCGGUGUGGGUCCUAGGAUCUGAGACGCACUUAACAGUGCUGUUCAGUACCAACAAGCGGUUAGUGAGUCCGGAGACGAAGAGCGAGCAGGCGCGACGCAUCUUCAAGAACUACGACAAGGACGGCAACAACUUCAUCAGCUCCGACAAGUUGCAGGAUGUUUUAUACGAAUUGGAGCUAGUCAGUGAUGAAGCUUACGUCGAUAUAAUGAAGAAGAAACUGGACUCGGAACACCUGGGUAUAAUCCUGCUGAAUGCAUUUAUGGACGAGUUCUUCCCCAAGGAGGAGUCUUCGACGCCAGACACUUUCCAGUUGAUGCAUUACAACGGCUUGGGCCAAAGCAAUUACGAUGGCAACGUUAUAUACAGACACGGCACAGCCAUCCUGCUUGAAUCUGACUUACGUGCAAUGUGCGAAUCUAAUCCGAUGCUGACGUGCCUCCUCACCAAGUGGCCAACAAUCGAGAUCAAUUGGCAGGACAAUGUAACGCCUUCGUUGAAUUAGUGUUGUAUUAAUUAUUUUAAUCGUAAAGAAUUCACGUUAUAUUCUAUAUGAGAGAUGACAAAUUUAUGUAUAUAUAGAAAUAUAUAUUGAAAGUACAGAAAUUGUAAAAAAAAAUAACAAACAAAAAAAACCUAUGUAAAAAUAGCGUAUACGUAAGCUUUAAAAAGGAAGAGGAAAAUGGAAGAAGAAUAAGAGAAGAAGAGUAAUUAUUAUUAUUAUGACUAAUUCACAUAUAAUUUAUUGAAUCUUAGAAUUACUUUUUUCCGGUACUUUGCUUUCAUUUUCUCUUUCGAUUUGUUCAUUUCUUUCUAUUGUUUUCUUUCCAUCUUUUGUUUAACUGUAUUGUCGAUGUUUGCUUUCAUUAUCAUCUCUCUAUCAUUAUAUUUACUGAAGAAAAACAACAACAA